GACCUGUUGGGCUAAGGAGAUGUGCCUUGAGGAUUCUGCUGUAGUUGAGGGACACCAUCAGGAAUCUGAAAUCCAAAAUCGGGUCUGGACUGGAGGCCUCUGUUUUCGCCCUGUGGGGGGCGGGGAUUCCCUGAAGGUGUCUGCAGACCUUGUGCUGGGUGGGAGUUGGGCUGCAGAGACAGUGAGGGGUUUUCUGUGCUGCAGGGUCAGCACCCUCCUAGGCACCAGCCCUGCCUCUCUUCAUUCUCUCUGGGCACCUCCCGGCAGUCGGGGUGGGAGGAUUGACACCGUGGGAGUGAGAGGCCCUGGAACCUCUUCUGCGCUAUCUGCUACUGUCUCCCCUUCUUCCCCACCCCUAGCCCAGCCCUCGGCAGUUCCCCAGCUGUGGCCUGGGCCCUGUGACUCACUAACACCACCGGCUUGCCCCUCCUGUGUCAGCACCCAGUGAGCUUCGGCAUGUUCGCGUGGCAUUCCCCACCCGGGCAUGGGCAUGCAGCACAUUCCUGGACACGGGCCUGAGAGGAUGCCUGGAGCGCCUGGUGGACUGGCACGUCCUCAGAGAUCCCCUGCCUUUAGCCUGGCCUUGGGAGGGGCCUGGGAAAAUGGUGCUGAGGGUGCUGAGGGUCGGUGGAGUACAGGGCGACACUGGCUCCAGGUCCGGGUUUGCAUCCUGAAGGCGUUCCAGAGAGAGGGUCACCUUGCCACAGCAAAGCUGCUAUCUCGGGUUACCCUUUCCCAGCCACCUAUUGUGCAGCUGAGGAGGCUGUGGGGCUGACCCCUCCCCCACCCUUAAUCUGGGGUGUACCUGACCAUUGGGUUCCCAGGACUCUCCCCACUGGGUCCCCAGGACUCUCCCCAUACCCUGCCAGGAGAAUGGAAGAAGCUCUCCACGCGUGCCAGAAGUUCUUCCCAAACUUAUCGGGGGUGCCAGAGGCAGAGUAGACAAGCCUUAGUGGCCACCAUUUGUUGAAUAUCUACUCUGCGCCAAGCAGUGCGUCACAACUUUAUGAAGUAGGUAUUGUUAUCAUCCCCAUUUUACAGGUGAAGAAACUGAGUCUCUGAGAGACCAACUUUUCCAAGGUCACACAGAGGUGGGAUCCAGCCCACUGCCGUCUGACCCCAAGCCCCUGCUGUCAACCCCUGCCCCAUUGUGGGGAGAUUCCGGCCCACUCUGGAGUUCUCUGGUCUGCGUCAGAAUGGGGGUGGUGCUCCAAAUAUUGAGGCUCCCAUCUGUCUGUCCUGCACUACGCAGAGCCAGGCUUCUCCAUGGGGCACAGGAGAGAGGGCACCAGAUCUGAGGAGCAAAUAGGUUCUUGGUCUGAGAUCUCGUGGGAUCAGGUUGCCAGCCCUGCAAACCCCCGCUCAGGUCUAGAGGACAUGGAGCUGCCUUUCAGGGUGCAUUUGCUUCCUCUACAGACUCGGACUCUGUCCUCUGCCUACUUGGGCCGUCCUGCACUCGGGAAUGCGUCCUACACUGUGGGGCAGAGCCCGGCUUGACUCUUCCCGGUUCCUACCCUAACCAAGCCUCUACUUUCUGGGAUCACCCUGUUGGGACUUUUGUCCAGCAUCUCCAUCUACCUGUCCUCUGAUUCCUUCUGUUCUUCUCUAACUGAGCUUAAGAACUAAAGGGGAGGGCAAACUUCUGGCCUUGGUGGAAUCCAGCUCCAGCAUAUAGUAGCUAUGUGACCUUCCCCUCACUAGCACACUCGUGAAUUUCUCCCAGCAUCCGUUCCCUCAUCUGUAAAAUGAGGAUCAUAAUAGAGGGCUGUUAUAAGAUUUAGGCCGGGUGCGGUGGCUCACGCCUGUAAUCCCAGCACUUUGGGAGGCCGAGGUGGACGGAUCACGAGGUCAGGAGAUCGAGACCAUCCUGACUAACAUGGUGAAACCCCGUCUCUACUGAAAAAAAAAAAAAAUGCACAAAAUUAGCCGGGCGUGGUGGCGGGUGCCUGUAGCUACUCGGGAGGCUGAGGCAGGAGAAUGGCGUGAACCCGGGAGGCGGAGGUUGUAGUGAGCCGAGAUUGCACCGCUGUACUCCAGCCUGGGCGACAGAGCAAGACUCCGUCUCAAAAAAAAAAAAAAAAAAAAAAAGAAAUAAUGCACAGUGCCUGGCAUGUAGCAGAGACUAAAUAACUGGUAGCUAUAGUGGUUGGUGGUGCUUGUUUGGAAAGGGAAUUUCCUGGUGAUUGCACCAGGGCUGGUCUAGAGACCAAGGUAGAUUUUCCCAGCCCCAUCAGGCCAAGCCCUUAGUUAGACAGAAUCUUUACUGCUCUUCCAGGUUAGGGAGGAGGGCUCUGUGUAAGAGAAUGGUGGUGGUGGUAGGGGAAUGGGUUGGAUGGAAAUCUUCCAGGAGGGGCCAGGAAUCUGUGCUGUGGGGGCCCUACCUUCUAGCAGUUAUGAAUGAGGCAGGCACUGGGAGCUGGAGAGGCAGCAGCCUCUUGCUCUGAGGGGCCUCUGGCAGCGCCUUCUUUCCCUGAGGUAGGAGGACCCUCCCCUGGUACUUAAUUAAUUGCAGUCCCUGUUCUGCUCUGUUGUUCAGGGUGAGUGGCUGGCCUGGUUCCAGGCCCACCUGAUUAGCCCACCUUUGGCAAUAAGUCACAUUUCUCUUCCUCGGCUCUGUGUCCCACCAUAACCCCUUACGUCCCCUUCCCUGGACUUUUCACCUUUGCCCUCCAGGCAUUCCCUGCUGAGUGGGCACUUUCCCACAUCCAGGGGGUGGGAGCAGACCAAGGUUAAUCUUGUCCUGGCUCCCACAGCUGCUUACACACACACACCUGCAUGCACAUGCACACACAGGCUGGGCUCACAACAGCUCAGGCCAAGGGUCUGGGAUCCAGGAUCACUACAGAGCUGGUAGCUGGGCCUGGCUGGAGCUGGCCAGUGGUUCAGCAGCAAGUCUGGAAGAGGAAAAGCCGUGGGUGCAUCUCCGCCAGACCUCCUGUCUGAAAGAGAGCCCAUCUGCUCCUAGAAUCUCCACAGCUACAUCUGCAGAGGAGGAGGGGUAGUGAGGCAAGUGUGAGGUUUGGUUUUAAACUGAAAAGGGAGGUGGGCGGAUUGCUUGAGCCCAGGAGGUCGAAACCAGACUGGGCAACAUGGCAAGACCCCAUCUCUAAAAAAAUACAAAAAUUAGCCAGGUGUGGUGGCAUGCGCCUGUAGUCCCAGCUACUCGGGAGGCUGAGAGGGGAGGAUCGCUUGAGCCUACGAGGUUGAGGCUGCAGUGAUCCAUGAUUGCAUCACUGCACUCCAGCCUGGGCAACAGAACAAGAACUUGUCAAAAAAAAAAAAUUGAAAAGGGUCUUAGGCCGGGUGUGGUGGCUCAUGUCUGUAAUCCCAGCACUUUGGAAGGCCAAGGCGGGUGGAUCACUUGAGGCCAGGAGUUUGAGACCAGCCUGGCCAACAUGAUGAAACCCUGUUUCUCCUAAAAAUACAAAAAUUAGCUAGGCAUGGUGGCGUGUGCCUGUAAUCCCAGCUACUCGGGAGGCUGAGGUAGGAGGAUCGCUUGAACCCAGGAGGUGGAGGUUGCAGUGAGCCAAGGUCGCACCACUGCACUCCAGCCUGGGCGAAAAACAAAACAAAACAAAACAAAACAAAAAACGGGUCUUGAAGCAAAGCUCCCUGACAGCAUGAGUAACCCUGAAGAGACUGGACAUCUUGCUCUGGGAGACAUGGGCCAGAACUUUUGAAAGGACUAUGAUGAGAUCCUCUUUCCUGGAGCUCUUGAUAAUGGUCCCACCCUCUGAGCCUCCCUACCCCCACCAUUAAAUAAAAGUCUUCCCUAGAAAUGGUGGAGUCGGGAUAGACAAGAUGACCCAAUAAUGGCUGGCUGGUGCACUCAUCAUUAUUUAUAUGUUGAGUGUAUGUCUCCUGUCCACCAUGGGUGGAGGCAGUUUAUGGACUUUGGGGUCAGUUCAGAUUCUGCCUCUUCCACUCAGUAACUGGUUGCCUUAGGUUAAGUAAUUUGCUCACCCAGGUUUCAGUUUCCUCAUUUAUAAAAUAGGAGGAUAAUACUAUUAUCUCAUGUGAUUGCGAGGACUCCAGUGAGAUAAUGUCCACCUAGUAGCUCUUUGCUUUACCUGAUGUCAUUAUCAAGGGGUGGUGGCAGAGUUAAUGGGCUACAUUUGGUAGUUCUCAGUGCCUUUGGCCCCACUUGAUAUUUUUUUCUGAAAUCAGGGUCCCUGCAAACAUCAGGGAUCAGCCCCCAAAUUGGGAAGAGAACUCUAUUCUUAAAAUGUUUCUGGCCAGGCACAGAGGCUCACACCUGUAAUCCCAGAACUUUGGGAGGCCGAGGUAGGUGGAUCACCUGAGGUCAGGAGUUCAAGACCAGCCUGGCCAACAUGGUGAAACCCCAUCUCUACUAAAAAUACAAAAAUUAGCCAGGCAUGGUGGCAGGCACCUGUAAUCCCAGCUACUCCAGAGGCUGAGGCAUGAGAAUCGCUUGAACAAGGGAGGCAGAGGUUGCAGUGAGCCAAGAUUGUACCACUGCACUCCAGACUGGGUGACAGAGCAAGACUUUGUCUCAAAAAAACAAAAAAUUUCUACCCUCCCUCACUCUGAACACUGUUCCCCAUCUUAUCAUUAUCGAGGGAAAUUCAGAGCUCCAGAAUGAUUACUGCCCUCACACCUUGCUUCCCUAAAGAAGCCUGCCCUUUUCUGCCUGGGGAGUCUCCUCAGGAACCAGACCUUCUUCUCUUCUCUGGCCCCAGCCACCCAGCACCCCGGGCUGCGGGGUGACCAGCCCAGGAGGUGACAGGGCUGUCCUUCCCACAUCCUGGCAGGACCCACUGCCUGGAAGCAGGUGGGCGGUAGGUGUUAUGCUAGAGGGCAUCACUCUUGACAAAGCAGCACUGGCUCCCAACUCUGCCUGCAACAUGGGAUGAGCCCAGGAAAGGGGUCACAGAGCCCCUCCCUGAUCCUGCCGUGGAGCCCAGCUGGCAGCAUCCCCUGCCGUGGCUGGGCUGGGUGCCAUGUUCUGUGUGGGUGCCAAACCUGGCAUGGCUCCUUCCCAAGGAAGGUGGCCCUUGGGGAUGCUGUGACUUUCUUGGCUGUGGUGACCAAUAAAGGGAGUGCCAUCUCUACGCAGACCCAUGCAGUCCCUUCCAACCCUGCACAAAGUCAGAAGCCCGAAGUGUGGUCCCAGCUCUGCCCUGUCACCCUCAGUGGCCUCGGGCAGAUCGCUUACCUUUCUGAGUCUUGCCUUCUUUGCCUGAAACAUGAAGGUGCAGACCAGGGGAUUUCCAAAGCCCCCUCUGAGGCUGCUGGUCUGAGGCUCCGACUUUUGCCAGUCCUGCUAACAAGGUGAGCUGUGUGCUGGGGUCCCAAGAGGGGCUCAGCCUCCUGUUCCUCCAAACUAUAGAGCCAGGGGCUUGACCCAGCUGAUGGCUGGGUACCUGGUCCCUGCCAUGCUGAGAUGGGCAAGGAAAUCCUGGAAUGCCUCAGCCCUGUCAAUUAGGAGGAGAACAAGUACCUCGCAAAGAAAUGGAUGCUGGAUUCAAACACUACACAGGCACUGGAUGCUCAAGGCUAGGGGUUGGCAAACCAUGGCUCUUGGCCAAGUCCCGACUGUUUUUGUAUGGCCCAUGAGCUAAGAAUGAUUUUUACAUUUUUAAGCAGUCGGUAAAAAGUCAAAAGAAGAAAAUAAAGUUUUGUGACCCUUAAAAAUUUUAUAAAAUUCAAAUGUUAGUGUUCAUAGUAAAGUUUUACUGGUGCGAGGCCAAACUCAUUCAUUUACAUCUUGCCUGUGGGUGCUUUUGUGCUGCAAAGGCAGAGUUGCAGAGUUGCGACAGAGACGAUGGCCCGCAAAGCCUAAAAUAGUGGCUGUCUGGCCUCUUACAGAAAAGGUUUGCUGACCCCUGCUCAAGGUAAUCAUAGUUUUCUCCAGGCCUUGCACUAAACUGCUCCAGGAUCUCAAUCUAAAAGUACUUUCUUUUCAUUUAAAAAGAAGUGUUGCUAUUUUCUUCUUAUGUAAGCAAUAAAUGUUCAUUAUGGAAAUAUUAGAAGAUGCAGAUAAGCAAAAAGAAGACAUUAAAAUCACCCAUAAUUCUACCACCCAGGAAUAACUACUGCUGGUGUUUUGACUUACCACCUUCUGGGUUAUCUAACAGUGUGCUGUGUUUAUAUGUGCAUGCCUGUGACACAUGUGUAUAUCCUGCAUACGUACAGCUUUUACAAACUGUACACAUCUGUCCUCUUCACUUAAAAACACAUCUUGGCCAGGUGCGGUGGCUCACACCUAUAAUCCUAGCACUUUGGGAGGCUGAGGCGGGCGGAUUACCUGAGUUCAGGAGUUCGAGACUAGCCUGGGUAACAUGGUGAAACCCCAUCUCUACUAAAAUACAAAAAAUUAGCUGGGUGUGGUGUCAUGCGCUUGUAGUCCCAGCUACUUGGGAGGCUGAGGCAGGAGAAUUGCUUGAACCCGGGAGGCAGAAGUUGCACUGAGCCAAGAUCACGCCACUGCACUCCAGCCUGGGUGACUCCGUCUCCAAAAGAAAACACACACACACAUACCUCUAACUGAACCCUUGGGGGACACACAGGCAGGGUGCCCAGAAGGCAGCUGCACCCAAGCAUCUGGAGCUGAGGGGCUUGGUGGGGCCAGGGCUACAGAUCUGGAGUCAUCAGCACGCGGGUGGUGGUUUCCACUUCGGGAGGGGAUGAGGUCACCCAGGAAGCAUGCCCAGAGAGGAAGAGCAAAGGGCCAAAGAGAGAAUUGUGGGAGUGUUGACAUUCAAGGGACAGGUAGAGGAAGUAAGUCCACCAGACCCGGGAGGAAGGAAGAAGCAGGAGGAGACCCAGGCAGCCAAAGGGAGUGGAAUCCGAGGCCCAGGGCCCAGGACAGUGCCUGGCGCUGAGCAGGUGCUUGUGAAAUGAGUGAGUGACUUUGAGGAGGCUGAACCCUGGACCCGGCUGCCCAGUCCCUCAUGAUCAUGAACAAGAUGAAGAACUUUAAGCGCCGUUUCUCCCUGUCAGUGCCCCGCACUGAGACCAUUGAAGAAUCCUUGGCUGAAUUCACGGAGCAAUUCAACCAGCUCCACAACCGGCGGAAUGAGGACUUGCAGCUCGGUCCUCUUGGCAGAGACCCCCCGCAGGAGUGCAGCACCUUCUCCCCAACAGACAGCGGGGAGGAGCCGGGGCAGCUGUCCCCUGGCGUGCAGUUCCAGCGGCGGCAGAACCAGCGCCGCUUCUCCAUGGAGGACGUCAGCAAGAGGCUCUCUCUGCCCAUGGAUAUCCGCCUGCCCCAGGAAUUCCUACAGAAGCUACAGAUGGAGAGCCCAGAUCUGCCCAAGCCGCUCAGCCGCAUGUCCCGCCGGGCCUCCCUGUCAGACAUUGGCUUUGGGAAACUGGAAACAUACGUGAAACUGGACAAACUGGGAGAGGGCACCUAUGCCACAGUCUUCAAAGGGCGCAGCAAACUGACGGAGAACCUUGUGGCCCUGAAAGAGAUCCGGCUGGAGCACGAGGAGGGAGCGCCCUGCACUGCCAUCCGAGAGGUGUCUCUGCUGAAGAACCUGAAGCACGCCAAUAUUGUGACCCUGCAUGACCUCAUCCACACAGAUCGGUCCCUCACCCUGGUGUUUGAGUACCUGGACAGUGACCUGAAGCAGUAUCUGGACCACUGUGGGAACCUCAUGAGCAUGCACAACGUCAAGAUUUUCAUGUUCCAGCUGCUCCGGGGCCUCGCCUACUGUCACCACCGCAAGAUCCUGCACCGGGACCUGAAGCCCCAGAACCUGCUCAUCAACGAGAGGGGGGAGCUGAAGCUGGCCGAUUUUGGACUGGCCAGGGCCAAGUCAGUGCCCACAAAGACUUACUCCAAUGAGGUGGUGACCCUGUGGUACAGGCCCCCCGAUGUGCUGCUGGGAUCCACAGAGUACUCCACCCCCAUUGAUAUGUGGGGCGUGGGCUGCAUCCACUACGAGAUGGCCACAGGGAGGCCCCUCUUCCCGGGCUCCACAGUCAAGGAGGAGCUGCACCUCAUCUUUCGCCUCCUCGGGACCCCCACAGAAGAGACGUGGCCCGGCGUGACCGCCUUCUCUGAGUUCCGCACCUACAGCUUCCCCUGCUACCUCCCGCAGCCGCUCAUCAACCACGCGCCCAGGUUGGAUACGGAUGGCAUCCACCUCCUGAGCAGCCUGCUCCUGUAUGAAUCCAAGAGUCGCAUGUCAGCAGAGGCUGCCCUGAGUCACUCCUACUUCCGGUCUCUGGGAGAGCGUGUGCACCAGCUUGAAGACACUGCCUCCAUCUUCUCCCUGAAGGAGAUCCAGCUCCAGAAGGACCCAGGCUACCGAGGCUUGGCCUUCCAGCAGCCAGGACGAGGGAAGAACAGGCGGCAGAGCAUCUUCUGAGCCACGCCCACCUUGCUGUGGCCAAGGGACAAGAGAUCACAUGGAGCACAAAUUCGGGUAGGAUGGAGCCUGUGUGGCCCUCGGAGGACUGAAGAACGAGGGCUGACAGCCAGCCUGGAAGACCGCUUGGCAGCCCUUCUGGCCACGGCUGUUUCUUCUUUGUGCUUCCCGUGUGCCUCCCCAGUAGCCCUCACCUGCAUACCAACCCCUCCAUUACCCACGUUGGGGCUGGCAUGAGCUGCUUCCCUGAGAGGACAUGAGAGGGGGGGCGGUCCUCGUACCCUCUCCCACCCUGGUGUUUGGGCACCUGCGUGGGAUGCACAUGGAUGACAGAAUCAAGGCGCCAGGAUGGGCACUCUGCCCUGGAUACAGGCUCUACCCUCCUCCCCCAGGGCCUGCCUAGUGCCAGUUUGGUAGUCCCCCUUUCUGGCCCCUUGGAGCCCACACACGUUUCAUCUUUUUCCCCUCUGAGAGCAAGAAGAGACAUGGCAUGUUCUCUGGGACCCUGGAAUCCUAGGUACCCACAUGUGUGCCAAAGCCUACCCCACCUGGCAGGUGUCCCACAGCAACAGAAGGAAUAGUAGUCCCCACUCUUUCCAUCAGCCCUACCUUACCCUCAUUCCCCGACACCCUCUGGCUUGAACCAUGGCUGAGCAGUGCCGGCAUAUGCUUCGCCGGCAUGCUUGGAUGCCCAGCUGUGUCCAGAGGUGGCCUGGGACCGCCAGUUGCACGCCUGCCACCUCAGCCAGCCCCCGCCCAGCUCAUCAGUCUGAAUGGAGUUGCCUUAAAUUGGCAGGUGGUACCGUACUCACUGCCCUUGGAGCUGUGACCGGCUCCUGCCUGUCCACCCCUUCCCGAGGUGGCUCCUGCUUACCUUAUCAUCCCGGGGCUCUGAUUAGCCAGGCCUGGUCAGGGUCCUGGGGAUGGCACCCAGAUAUGCAGAGUCACCCUGACACUGGUGCCAGGCUGACCUCAGCUCCCGAAGGCUCGCACAGCCUCCCCAUCCUUCCUUCCCGGCCCUUGUGGCUCUGUCCACCUGAUCCCAAUACCAGCUUCCCCCAGCCCCUGCCACCCCAGAGGGCGGCCACGACAGGGAGAGGUGUAGAUGCCACCAUCUGAGGGAGAGGAACGUGGAACAGGAGCAGGCUCUGAUGCUGAGAGGCUUGCCUCCGGGGGCUGGAAGCCUGGGUGGCCAGGGCCCCUGAAGAAGGCUCCCCUCUGUAUCCCCCAGGUCUCCUCAACACUGGGCUGAUCCUGAAUGGCACAGGCCAAGGGGAGGCCAGCCUCGCCUUUCUACCCAGGCCCCCUGCCCUGCCCACCUCAGGCCCCCACCCUCCACUCCUCCCCACGGUACUGUGAACGUUGUGUGACUCAGUGCAGAGACAGAUAAUAUAUUUAAUUCAUGUACAGAAAGGAACGAGCAGUCUCGUACAAAAAAGCUGACUUUGAUAGAUUGAUGCCAAAGAUGGAGAACUGAAGGCCCCCCUCCAGGCCUAAUGAGUGUGGGUGGGGUGUGCUUGUGUGUAUGUGUGUGUGUGUGUGUGUAUAUAUGUGUAUAUAUAUAUAUAUAUGUGUGUAUAUAUGUGUGUGUGUGUAUAUAUAUAUAUAUAUAAAGUGAGGAGAGAGUUUGA